UCCUUAUUUGGUUGAAAGACUUGGCGGCCAUCUUUGAAUUUGACUGAAAUUUAGUUUUGAAGAUUUUGGUAAAAGUAUAAAGGGAUAUAUCAUGAAUCCUAUGACAAAUGUCAAGAAUAUUCAAAAGCUCAAUGAGCGCAUGCUUGAGAUGGGUGUAGCAGAUGAUGUAUCAUGGCACAAACAAUACAAGGACAGUGCAUAUGUGUUUAUUGGAGGAUUGCCGUAUGACCUUACAGAGGGUGACAUCCUUUGUGUCUUUUCACAGUAUGGUGAAAUAGUUAACAUCAACCUUGUACGCGAUAAGAAAACAGGAAAACAAAAAGGAUUUUGUUUUUUAUGUUAUGAAGACCAAAGGAGRACUAUAUUGGCUGUAGAUAACUUUAAUGGCAUUAAGCUUGGUGGUAGAACAAUCAGAGUUGAUCACUGUGCAGAUUAUCGCAGACCAAAAGGAGAUGAAAAAGAUGAUGAUGGCAAAAGAAAAGAGAUCAUUGAAGAWGGUUGUGCACCCAAAACGCCUUCACCAUCUCCAUCAGAAGARGAGAAAGAACCCUACAAACCAAUCAAAAAGAAAAAGAGCAAGAAAGAGAAAAGUCGCAAACAAAGUAAMRACAAGAAYCAGYAAAAUUCAUCWGAWUCAGAGAGUGAAGACAACCAAAAYUACAAGAAGCAUAGUGAUAAGGAUACAAAAACCAYGACAAGAAAAUCUAAUGAUAGAAGUUACACAGACCAAGCAUAUGGGAAUACUAAAGAAAGUCAUCAAAGGGAUUAUUCAACUGUUAGUAAGAUAAGAGAAUGGGACUAUGGAAAGAGGAAUGUAGAUCAAACCCAAAGCACAAGUCCAUCAAAAAGAAGAAAAACAGAAUGGGACAAUGAAAGAAAAGAAAYAGAUGAAAGACAUUCUUACUCGAGGGAGGGAGGAAAAGAUAAAAGUUCCUAUAACAGGGAGGAAAAUUUGGAUUUUAAAGAUCAUAAAAGUAGAGAUAAACAUCAGGAUAGACAUGAUAAGUAUUACAAUUCAAAGAGGGACAGAAGUGAUAAUGAUUACAGGGAAAGAGAUAGAAAUAGUAAAAGAGAAAAAAGGAAAUAAACAUUUUAUGAAGAUAUUACAGGAAUGGAUAAAAAAGAUGCCAAUGAGAUCUACCAUUGGAGAAUAUGAGCAAAAUGUAUUGUUUUUAUUUUUUUAUAUUGUAAUAAAAUAUUGUAUCCUGUUGCAGGUAUGCACUGCAUCUGA